AUGAGCAGUUGGAAGAGGCGAGCUGCAAUAUCAUUUCCGACUCCAGAUGAAUUCGACCAACCAGUGAUAGGAUUCGACUAUAAACUCGAUGUGCCAUUGCUAUCACCUAUUCAUCAGACCACAUUUCGGCCAACUAGUCUGCAACAGGUUGUUGAUGAAACUCAUUUCUCAAAAAACGAGGUUCGAGCCAUUUACCGAGCUUUCAAAGAAACUUCACCCAAUGCUGUUAUAAAUAAAGAAAUUCUACGUGAAAAGUUCGCCGAACUUUUUCCUCAUGGCGACAUCGAACACUACGCCGACCUGUUGUUCGAAACAUUUGAUAAUGAUGGAAAUGGCACAAUUAACUUCCAGGAAUUUGUAAAAGCACUGUCCGUAUUAUGUCGUGGUACGAUAGAUGAGAAGCUUGAAUGGCUUUACAAGCUCUAUGAUCCGAAAGGCAAGGGAGAAAUUAGUUGGGAUCGGCUGUUUUAUGUGAUUACUUCAAUGGACGACUUGAUGGGAAGAAAAGCGAGGCCUCACUACUCCAGAGAGCACAAAAAAGAACGAGCCAACUACGUUUUUGCGAAAUUCGAUGUCGGCAAGAAAGGAAAAAUCACAAAAGAAGACUUCUUUCGAGUCUGUAAAACUGACAAAACAAUUAUGAACUCAAUAUCUGCAUUAUACACCUUACUACCCGGAUAA